UGGAACCGCGCAAGGCUUUGUGGGGCUUGUAGACCAACUCCGUCCGGGUCAACUCGGGAGCUGCUAAACCCGGUAUGAGAUGUGAUGCUUUGGAGGAAAAUAAACGCGUUUUUGUGAGAGAAAAAAACAACAACAACAUGGAAAUUCACUUCCUGCCAAGUUUGCUGGUGUUGUCUUUCAUAGCCACCGCUUUCGGCGACGGUGGUGAGCUGACGUUAGUUCAGGAGUUGUCCUCCAAGCCGGCCCAGAAGCUGUCAAGAUACGGUUGGUAUGGCAACAUCAGGCUGACCAUGUUCCAUAUCCCGGACGACACUGUCGUCGCCCGCUGGCUGUUCACUGUAACCAGGGGCAGCGGUUUCAACUGUGGAACACACAACGUCACCAUGUACAUGCGUUGGGGAGCUCCUCCAGUCAUUGACCCAGUAGGACGGCUGUUUCCUAACAACACUGUGACAUCACCAGUCCUCUCGCUCAACUUGCCCAUGACAUCAUCACAAAGCAACACAACCUUUAACCUCUCUAACCCCGCCCCCGGAGACUGGUACCUGGCAGCUCACCUGCCCCGAGACGAUGGACGCAUCGAACACAAGGGAUUCCCGUCCUGCUCUUACCUCUUCCAGCCCCAGCUGUCAGUCAGGAGAGCAGUGGACACACCCAUCCUCCAGGCCACGCCCCUAACCCAGAGCGCCUCCCCCGACAGACCUGCACGACUCAGGGUGUUUGUUCCAGAGUUCGUGUCGUCUCUCUCGGUGUCUGUGAGUGGCUGUACCUGGGGGGAGGGACUUGUGAACGGAGACUGUUCAUUGUCUCUCACGCUGGGCUCCUCCUCCCCCCAGGGGGGGCUUGUGAGGGUGAACUGUUCUCUGAUUGGCUGCUCGGCCGUUCUCCUCGCUCCCCCAUGGAAUACUUGGAUACGAGUCACCGUGGAUAGUUACCAUAGCAACCGAACCACAGCCUUCAGCAUCUCAGUCAACUACACAGUGGGUUGUAAGCCUCAGAGCGUGGGUAUGUCUGGAGACGAUUACAUUAACAGGCUCCAUGGCAACAGCAGCACGACAACAUCACCAGGCAACGAUUCUGUGGUUGCCGAAGCAGGUCGUCAUAACAACGUGUCGUCGGAGUGUGUGUGGAGUGUCCCGGUGCUCCGUGAGGAACUAGACGUUCUGUCUGUCCGGUUCUCUCCCAUUAAUGGACCUAAUGUAACGGUCACACACACACACCCCACGCUCCUCACCUACCCCCUUAACACACAGUCUACUGGAGGGACCUUGAACCUGGAGAUUACACUCAACACUACUAAUGCAACGUUAGGAAACAGCAGUGUGAUGGCCUGUCUCUCUUCCUGGGCUCCUGUCCUCGCACUCAACUACUCCCAUCCCUGUCACACAGGGUUGUUCUCAGCCGUUGGGUUGAGUGUGAACGUCAGUGUUCCUGGGACCGUCAUCAGACUUCCCUUCCCUCAGGCUGCUACCUGGUACCUCACCUUACAACUCUUCUGCAACAGUAGUGACUGUGGUAACGUGACAGUAACACCACAGCUCCAUGUAUCAGCCUGUAUCGAGGACUGUGGGACCUAUGGAGAGUGUCGACUGUUGAGGUCCUUCAGCUAUCUCUACGCUGCCUGUGUCUGCAAAGCCGGUUGGAGUGGGUGGGGCUGUACUGAUGACAUCACAGCCCAGUCGUACGGUCGUCAGCUGACAGCAGUUCUACUGCUCACGCUCAGUAACCUCCUCUUCAUCCCGCCCAUCGUCAUCGCUGUCCGACGCUGUUACAUCACUGAGGCCUCUGUCUACCUCUUUACCAUGUUCUUCUCUACUUUCUACCAUGCAUGUGACCAGCCUGGUUUAACAGUGAUGUGUAUCAUGGAUUACGACACUCUCCAGUACUGUGACUUCCUGGGUUCAGUCUGUUCUAUCUGGGUCACUGUUCUCUGCAUGGCCCGAGUCAGAGACACAUUCAAACACAUGUUGUUCAUGCUCGGUACUCUGCUGAUAGCGAUGUCCAUGCAGCUGGACCGGAGAGGACUGUGGAACAUGCUGGGACCCAUCCUCUGUGCUGUACUGGCCAUGGUGACCUCCUGGGUGUAUCGAGGGCUGAAGAGGAAACAGUGCUACCCCCCUUCUUGGCGGCGUUGGGUACUGUUUCUCCUCCCAGGCCUGGCCUCAGCGCUGGUCGGUGUGUGUGUGUACGUGUUUGCUGAGACGGAGGACAACUACCUGUACACACACUCUCUAUGGCACGUCCUGGUUGCCUCUAGUGUGGUGUUCCUUCUGCCUCCCAGAGAGACAGACUCCAUGAACACCUGGAGCCCUGGAGUCUGUGGUUACACACUCUGUCACAGCACCAAGGAGGAACUAUAUGCUGUCACCUGACCUCUGACCCUGGACCUGUGGAGACCAACACUGUCACAUAGGUUUAAGGCUGUGACCAUACCAGUAUUGACAGAUUUUUUUUCCAUGACAAAAAUGAA